AUGUGUGUUGAGCUUAUCACCCUCGCUAUGUGCUCUUCGGCCAGCACUGAUCGAGAGCCCGUCUACUGUGGACGGUUCCACCUAGUCACUGGUGAGCGCAUCGUCUGCGACGAGGCCAGUUGCAAAUGCAUCUACAGCUUUGGCACCUGCGGUAAGAUCGAGACCGAGUCUCCCGCUGGCUUCAGCGUUUCGGACAUCAUGAACCUUCCGUGCAUCCCUUGUGCUACCCGCAUGGGCGACCGCCUGAAGAACCAGGAGAUUCUCGAGCCUUUCCUCAUCAAGGGUUCUCAUCUCCACGGAGAGUACCUAGAGCAGAAGCUCAAGGUUCUCCAGGCCGCUGGGCAUGAAGAUUCCACCUGCCCUUCCCAUGGUGAGGGCUCUGCCACCAAGGGCAAGGCCACUGUCGAAGAACCCGCCAAGAAGCAUAUUGUGGCUCGGAUCAACACCAAGCUUGCUGUUUCUUCAGCUCCUGCUGAGGCCUCUGUCGACGAGGUAGGCCUCCACUCAGAGGGCUCUGAGUCUGCUCGCACUCAUGCCGCUAAGCACUAUGGAGAGGAUUCUGCUUCCGCUGCAGACCCUUGGACGGGUGCUCCCAUCGUCACUGAGCCUUACAACGCUGAACAUGCCAUGACUAAGUCUACCAUCACUGAGACUCCUUUCGAGAAGGAUGAUGAUGAGUCCGCUGUUGUCGCCAACGACAAUGGUGGCGAGACUUCCAUCAAGGCUGGUUCUGACGCCGGCAAUGGUAAUGAGAAGGGACUUGAGGACGACACCACCCCCAUCACUCGCCGUGCUGUCAACUUCCAGUACAGCGCUGAGGCAGCUGACAAGCUGCGUGACACGACUGAGAAGUUCGCCUCUCUUAAGUCUGGAUUCCUCAUGGGCAAGGCCUUUUAA